GGCCGGCGUCGAGCGGCGGCGGCGGCGGCUGGGCUGGGCCCGGAUGGGGGCGGCGGCCGCGGGGCUGCGAUGUCGACCCCGGGGACGCGUCGGAGCGGCUCCAGCAUCAAGAUCCGGCUGACAGUAUUAUGUGCCAAGAACCUUGCAAAGAAAGAUUUCUUCAGACUUCCUGACCCAUUUGCAAAAAUAGUAGUAGAUGGGUCAGGCCAGUGCCAUUCAACUGACACUGUGAAGAACACGUUGGACCCCAAAUGGAACCAGCAUUACGAUCUAUAUGUUGGGAAAACAGAUUCCAUAACUAUCAGCGUAUGGAACCACAAGAAAAUCCACAAGAAACAGGGAGCUGGCUUCCUGGGGUGUGUCCGACUCCUCUCCAAUGCCAUCAGCCGACUAAAAGAUACUGGAUACCAGCGUUUGGAUCUAUGCAAACUAAAUCCCACAGAUACCGAUGCAGUACGAGGCCAAAUAGUGGUCAGUUUACAAACACGAGACAGGAUAGGCACAGGAGGUUCUGUUGUAGAUUGCCGAGGGCUGCUGGAAAAUGAAGGAACAGUUUAUGAAGAUUCUGGACCUGGAAGGCCACUGAGCUGUUUUAUGGAGGAACCAGCACCAUACAUGGAUACUACUGGUGCGGCUGGUGGAGGGAAUUGUCGGUUCGUGGAAUCCCCCAGUCAGGAUCAGAGGCUUCAGGCACAACGACUUCGAAAUCCUGAAAUCAGAGGUCCUGUCCAAACACCUCAGAAUAGACCACACGGUCAUCAGUCACCUGACCUACCUGAAGGCUAUGAACAAAGGACAACGGUACAGGGACAAGUUUAUUUUUUGCACACGCAGACUGGAGUUAGCACAUGGCAUGACCCCAGGAUACCAAGGGACCUUAACAGUGUCAACUGUGACGAACUAGGACCUCUGCCGCCAGGCUGGGAAGUUAGAAGUACAGUGUCUGGAAGAAUAUAUUUUGUAGAUCAUAAUAACAGAACCACACAGUUCACAGACCCAAGAUUACAUCACAUCAUGAACCAUCAAUGCCAACUGAAAGAGCCCAGCCAGCAGCCUUUGCCUGUUCCAAAUGAGGGGUCAUUAGAAGAUGGUGAGGAGUUACCCGCACAAAGAUAUGAAAGGGACUUGGUACAGAAGCUAAAAGUCCUUAGACAUGAACUCUCUCUUCAGCAACCUCAAGCUGGUCACUGCCGCAUUGAAGUGUCCAGGGAAGAAAUCUUUGAGGAGUCGUAUCGUCAGAUAAUGAAGAUGAGGCCAAAAGACCUAAAAAAGAGGCUCAUGGUGAAAUUUCGAGGAGAGGAGGGCUUGGAUUAUGGAGGAGUGGCAAGAGAAUGGUUGUAUUUACUGUGCCAUGAAAUGCUGAACCCCUAUUAUGGACUCUUCCAAUACUCUACAGACAAUAUUUACAUGCUACAAAUCAAUGCAGACUCUUCUAUCAAUCCUGAUCAUUUGUCUUAUUUCCAUUUUGUUGGUCGGAUAAUGGGUUUGGCUGUGUUCCAUGGACACUACAUCAAUGGGGGUUUCACAGUUCCCUUCUACAAACAGCUGCUGGGGAAACCCAUUCAGCUGUCUGAUCUAGAAUCUGUUGACCCAGAACUACAUAAGAGUUUAGUUUGGAUUUUAGAGAAUGACAUCACCCCAGUGCUGGACCAUACUUUCUGUGUAGAGCACAAUGCUUUUGGGCGUAUUCUACAACAUGAGCUCAAACCAAAUGGCAGAAAUAUCCCAGUUACAGAAGAGAACAAGAAAGAAUAUGUCAGGUUGUACGUAAACUGGCGAUUUAUGAGAGGAAUUGAGGCGCAGUUCCUGGCUCUACAGAAGGGCUUUAAUGAACUUAUUCCUCAACAUCUUCUAAAGCCUUUUGACCAGAAGGAGCUUGAGCUAAUAAUAGGUGGCUUGGAUAAAAUAGACCUAAAUGACUGGAAGUCAAAUACACGGCUGAAGCACUGCAUGGCAGAUAGCAAUAUCGUAAAGUGGUUCUGGCAAGCAGUGGAAACGUUUGAUGAGGAAAGAAGGGCGAGGCUGUUGCAGUUUGUGACUGGGUCCACACGUGUUCCGCUUCAAGGUUUCAAGGCUUUACAAGGUUCUACAGGCGCUGCAGGACCAAGGUUGUUUACCAUCCAUUUGAUAGAUGCAAAUACAGACAACCUCCCAAAAGCCCAUACUUGUUUUAACCGAAUCGACAUUCCGCCUUACGAGUCAUAUGAGAAGCUUUACGAGAAGCUGUUGACAGCUGUGGAAGAGACAUGUGGGUUUGCUGUGGAGUGAAGAAGCAACCAAAGGAAACAGAUGCUAGCUCAAGGACCACCAAAUCAAAAGCUAGAAGAAGCUUGCUGUGAACUUCCUGCUAAGCUGUCUGAAGCAUUGGAAACACUAGGCAACUUAAAGAUGGGGUUGUUCCUCUCUUUUGUUGGUUGUUGGGGGUGGGGGGGGGCUUUUGUUGGUGGUUCUCAACCAUACUUUUUCCCCUUUGUUACAAUAAUCCCUUCCCUGUUCUUCCAUCCCCAUAAAAUGAAAUGCAGCCAAAUACAUUGUUUGGUUGUGGUUACACAGGAUAUUCUGCUAGACUUGUAACACAUAUUGUGAUAGGGUCAGUGACCUGUGGUCUUUUUAUAGGAGUAUCAAACAAUAGCUGAGUAUCUAAGUUUGGUUUGCUGAGGACUUGCAACUGGUAGGUGCACCUGGCUGUGUUUUGUCUGUAAAGCAAACUUGAGCCCCUUGUAAAAUCCAGCAGCUGUAGAAUAUCUGACUGGCACUGGAAUUCAGAACUGCGCAUCUUACACACCUGGUCCAAAAGUAAAUUUCUAGCAGAAAAAUCGCCACGUAAACAUUUAACUGAAAGGCAAAGUAAUUAAAGUUCUGCCUUAGCAGGAAGCUCUCAGUGAAAGCAAUGGCUCGCCUCAAGAAAAAUGAAGGAAUUCAGGACAACGUCAGUGGUAUCGUAUCCUUUCUCUUCAGGUGUCCUGGUUGAACUUUAAUUGUUUUGCACAUGGAAACAAGUUGUCUUCUGCGGAUUUACUUUACAUUGCUUGUCCGAUUUUAAGUACCUUGCAAAGAAGCCUGGUUAAGCAGGCAGCAACAGAUAAAAUUGUCAAUUCAGUUCAAUCACAAAGCUGCGAUUUCUGUGCCGCUGUUUUAUGACACACAUGGUGUGACUCAGUUCAUAAGAGACUUAAGAGGAAAUUGCUAACAGUGAAGCUAAUGGAACAAAGUUCCAUUCUUAAGUCAUUGGCCUUGAGAAGUAUUUUUGAAAGUAGAGGUAAAAAGAGAACUAUAUAGUGAGUCAAGUCUGUGUAAAGCUAUUGGAAGGAUUUAUGGCUUUAGUUCUAUAGAAAUGAAAAUUUCUCUGAAGAGCUGUGUAUGGCUAUUUUUUUUUCCCAGCUAUCUGAAGCUAAUGCUAAAGGUUGGCACUCUAACACAUUUCUUGAAAUGAUUCCCAGCAUUAAGGGAAACAAAAGCAAAUCAAGGAGCUGAAUCACUAACUUUUUCCAGUUUGCACACCAAGAUGAGGCAGUAUUUUAACAAAAUAACAUGAUUUCAGGAAGACCCAGUUAGCCAUCAAACAUGUCUAAACUUAAGUGAAACAGGCUUACUUGUAUAGGAUUUUCUUUUUUUGGCAAGCCUGUUUUUAAAGAAAUUCAUUACUGAAACAUUUAACAGAUGUAAUGUUUAUGGAAUAGUGCAUUGAAAUUCAGCUGUGGGUCAGAGAUGGUCUUAGAAAAUGUCUACUGGAAUACCUUCUAUUUUAACUUUUUUUUUAUUUGAAUUUGAUAAUAGCUUUAAACUGUGAUAGGACAAAAAGUUAGAUACUUGUCAAAGUCCUGGAGUCUUUCCCCACUUCGUGUUUUAUUUCCCAUUGACCAUAAUUCUUGUAAUUUGGUGUUGGGAGUGUGAAGGUUGCAUCUGAAGUAGGAAUUUGUACCAUUUUUUGAGAUUUGCACAGUUUGUGUAGAACAGCUGACAUGAUGGGAUUGAGUGAGGAAGGCAUUCAGACAGGUGUUCGUAGGGCUUUGGGAACUUAGUGGCACUUGGGGACCAGUUUUUGCAGUCUGGAUUAGUAGGGGGUGGGAAAGAGAUUGUGUAACAUGGUUGCAGCAGUGGGAAAGGGAAAUGCAACUGUUUGCCUUAAACAUCUGUGCAAUUUGUAUCGGGUUACAGGAUUCCACGUGCCCUGCCUUUUCCAAAUGUCUGUAAAAUCGGCAUCCACGGGGUGUUUUUAACUCUUUCAGUGCAUUUGUUUGUGCAAGAAACCAUAGGCAAGUAGAAAAAUCAAGGCGGGUUGCUGCCCAAAACGAUUCCAUGCAGUCUCUCAUGUUGUGGAUUUUUCACAGAAGAACGUGGAAAAGAAAUGGCAUUUGCUCCACGUAGCACACAGCUGGCUUUGCAAAAGCAAACGAGGUGAAGAUGAGGGCUCUCAGAGAACCCUAGGUCAAGUGGCUAGGUCAACAAGAAAGUUGACAUGCGAUUAGUCCACGUGUCUCUCCGCUAGGUCAGUAUUUUCUUGGCUGUACAAAAUAAGACUACACAAGGAUUAUGGUUUUAAAGGUCCUUUUGUGUUUUUGUUUCAUUUCAAAGCCUCGUAAAAGAACCUCUAAUGUGCUGUGCUGGCAGUGAUGAGUAGAGGGAACGGACCUGUAAAUUGCUUUAAUGAUACACUUUUUAAAACUAUUUCACCAGCACUCCUGUUGUGCUGUCUUUUGCAAUUUUGUGCCUCUUAACUAAUGAUAAAGAAGGUAAUUUUUUGUCUCAUUCUGUUACACGAAUAUGUGAAGCAGGGCUUAAAGCUGGCUAGAUGGAGAAAAUAAACCAGGGAGGUAAAUAGGGGUUGAAAAUGUCAUGUUGUUCUGCCUAAGGCUGGCAGUGCCACAUGCAGUUCUGUGGGUAAGGAACUGUGAAAAGCAAGCAGGAGUUUAAGCCGUUUUGUCAUCGAUGCACCAAGGGGUUUUUUUUCAGGCUGCUCCUAUGACACCCAGAAACUUAAAGCAUGUCCUUUCCUGGGGUAUCUGACAGUGUGAACAAGAUGGCACGUACCCUUUGAGAACUGUCAGGGUUUGAGCUGGUUGGUUUUCAAACUUGCCCAAAGAAUAAGGUGGAAAAGUCUGGUUGACGUUUCCCCGUCACACGCCCUGCCUAGUGCAGGAAUACAUAUGGAGCAGCCCUAUAGGCACUGCAAGGUGCAACAUCUACAUUCUCCGUCUUUCUCAUACCUGUUCUAAAAACAAACCUAGAAACUAGUCCAGAGGUACAGCUCUUCAGUACUUGCCCUGAUACUGCUCAUCAGCCUAUACUAUUCACUCAGGGAUGCGUAGGAAACCACCACUCUGCUUGUGUUUUAAAUCGGGAAGAAAUGAGAGACUGUUGUAUGAAUGUUGGAGUUUACUUGGGCAUUAUGUUAAACGGAGCCAUGUUUGAAAAAGGCUGUUUGUUGCUUCCAGUGGUGAAAUCUGUUUUCCCAGCAGUACGUACUUUGUUCAAGUCCAGGUGGUGAAGAAACCCCCGAGAUUUCAUGUUAUCAGACCCAGCCACCAUGCCCUCUGUAGCCAGUGCCCAGGUUCAGUGCUGAAUAGCACAGCAAGCUCCCAGAAACACAGUUUGAAUCUGUUUUUUAAUUUGUUAAUUUUUGUUCCUCAACCACUUUAUAAUGUAUUUUUUAAUUUAUUAUUUUGUAAUGUCUUGUUUAAGUAUUGCUGCUAUCCUUGUUAUUCUUCCCACUGUUUUUAUUGCAGAUUUAUUUUGUGAAAGUUGUACACUAAUGUCUCAUUUUAUGUCUAAAUCAAAGUAUUUAAAGAAAUACUAGUUCUAUUUAAUGUGGUUAUGGAACCAGCUGGAAUAAACAGUGAUUGUAUAGUAGGCUGGACCCAGGAGGUCAUGUUCAUUUUUGUUACAUAUGCAAUAAACUCACAACUUUAAACAGUCGGUAUCUA